AGUCAACCACGACGGCUACUGACGGGCGUGUUGCGUGAGGGGCCCGGCCCGAUUAACACAUGCACCCGCGGUUGCCUAGAGAAGCGUUUGGAGCGUCGCGGUCUCGUCGAUAUUCGCAUGCUUAGAGCACGGUGCUUGCUGGGGAAUGCUCUGCGACAAACACAGUCCUUCGCACUGGUUGCUAUGAUGUGGGGAAUAGUUGGGCCGGACGGUUGUUUGCUUCAAUCAAAUAGUUUGACAGUAGGCCGCAGCAGGAGAGCAACUCUAUUCCCGCAGGAUAUUCGGCGUGUGUUCGGCGAUUCGCUUCCUGGCCAGUGCUCGAGAAUCUUCCAAACGGGUUCGCCACUCGGUUCCAAUACUCCACAGGGUUAAGCAUUCUUCCACACUCUGCGUACUGCAAGCUGCCAAUCUUCAAACAUGUCCAUAGUUAACAUCUACAUUCACGACGAAAACAUCUACAACGUGGAGAAGAAACCGCCCGAAAAGCCGCCCAAACCGCCGCUCUACCACUCCCGUUUCGAGCAUCAGGUCCGGCAGGAGACUAAAUCCUGCAAGGACGCACACCGUACGAUGGGUUUCUCGAAGAUUCCACUGCCCGGGCCGAACGAGUUCCUGAAGAAAAACUGCGGACCACGCUAUCGGGCGACCAAGUCGGCUCCGGUUCGGCUCUGCACCAGCCACAAACCACCCGUCCCGAAACCGACCGAAUCGGGCACCUGCCAGGUGUUGAAGGUGGUUGAUUUUAAGAAGGAAAACAUCAAAAAGGUCGUGGCGGCAAGUCCGAAAAAGGCCCGGCCACGGUACGCCGACACGCGCAAGGGAGAUUUUCAUGAUCUGGAAAGAUCGGGCCUGAUGCCGAUCUACAUGUGCCGGCCAAAGUUUGGUAAGGUGCCGCAGUAUUUGAUGCGCCGCAAGAAGGAUCUGGCCGCCCAGAAGGACCGGUUGAUAGAGGAUUGCGCACAGCAAAAGCCACGCUGCACAUACAUCUCGCAGGAGGAACGGGUCGAGUUGCUGAAGGGUUUGAAGAAAAAUUGGGAAAAGCUGCAGCAAGAGUACCAGAGCCUUCCGCUACUAACGGACACCGUCCCGAAGAUGAUACGCAAGGCCAAGUUGGAAAACAAUCUGAAACAAUUGGAAAAGGACAUUCUAACAAUCGAAAACAACCCAUACAUCUAUCUGUACGACGACGAGCACAAGGACGGAUAAUGGGCGGUGGUGGUGCUUUCUGGAACCGUGUGGCAUUAGAGUUUCCUUUCUAUCACACUCAUAGAAAAUUGCUCCGUAUACUUAUCCUUUUUAUUGCUUAUUAUUUUAGAAAUGUGAUUUUCCAUUCUUCGCCUUGUGUGUGUGUGUGCGUAUUUCUACGGCUGACCAUUUUGGGCACGAUAAAUAAAUAAAUUGCGUGUGUAUGUGUG